UAUGAUCAUGGUGUUUUUGCAAUACAAAACAUGCAUAACAUUUUCUGAUUCCGCUAGUUACUGUCACCACUGGCAUUGUCAUUUCAUAGUUAGGGAUUAGCUAGGUUACUGUAAUCGUGGGUUGUGAUGGUUUGUCUAUAUAACUUUUGGUGUACAAAAUUGCAUGGUCACGGUUGAUCAGCUGCCUACUGGACAGCAGUAGCCGAAACUACUACACAGCUUGAUCACCUGCCAAACUGGAUGUGGAUUUGCAAUGAAGCCAGGUCAGUGUGUUUGAACCAAUGAUUUAUAUACGUCAUUGGUUUAACACAAUAGACGCGGAACACAAACAGUGAACACAAUAACCGGAUGUAUCGCGAGAAAUCACGAGAACAUAGCAACAGGACAACAAAAAUACAUUUGUGUACAAGCCAGAGUUUAUGAUGGCGGCGUUGCUGCUACGCCGGGACAAGAAAUCUACUGCUGCUCAUUUAAAGUCAGACCUUAAUCGGACUGACAACAGCUCUGGUGUCCGACAACUUCAAGAGCUGCUUGAUUCUGUUCUUAAUCCAGAAAAGCCAGCGGCAGACACCGAGGCUCUUGACUGGUGUAAAUGUCUAAUAGCAGGAGGAGAAGGUUUCGAGGAAUUCUGCAAAACGGUCCGGUCCUAUGACAAUGCUACUCUAUGCGGCUUGGUUUGGACAGCCAAUUUUGUGGCAUACCGCUGUCGGACUUGUGGCAUUUCUCCUUGCAUGUCACUCUGCGCAGAGUGUUUUAACAACGGCGAUCACACAGGCCAUGAUUUCAAUAUGUUCAGGAGCCAGGCUGGUGGGGCCUGUGACUGUGGAGAUAGUAAUGUCAUGCGAGAAACUGGGUUUUGCAGACGGCAUCGGUUAAGAACCGGGGAGAAUGUUCCUUCAGUGCCCCGAGACUUACUACUGAUGUCAGAGAUGGUCCUCUCUCGCUUCAUCAUCUGUAUCAUACAGUACCUAAGGGAUGGAUACACUGAACCAGACACAUCAACUGAGAGGGACCUACAGAAGGUCUUACAGCAGCUGGAGCCCCAGAUAUCCUUCCUAGAAGAACUGACGAAGAUGGGCGGAGCAAUGAGAACUGUGCUGACAAAGAUCCUAACGAAUCAGCAAACAUUCAAGGACCUGAGYAUGGGUCAAGAAGAGAAUGUAUUUGCAAAAAAGAACUACGAGAACUACCUGUCAGCACUGAAGAACUCAGGCCUGGUGUCUGUGGAGGAGAAGGCCCAGACUGGGGCUGCAGAGCCCACACGAGGAUCUGAGACAGGGGCUCUGGGCUUACUGGGAGCCGCAGCACCAUCCAGCUCUGGGUCCAAUAAAGAGGAGGAUCAAGAUGGRGGGCAAUCUAUUGGACAGAGAAAGAGGGUGAAACUUAGUAGCACAACCAAAGAUCCAUCCAUUAUGGACUCCCUGAAACACAAAUGUUUUCUGGAGGAGUUGCUGUUUUGGACAAUAAAGUACGAGUUUCCUCAGAAGAUGGUUACUUUUCUACUGAACAUGCUGCCAGAUCAAGACUACAAGAUCACCUUCACGAAAACAUUUGUUCAACAUUAUGCAUUCAUCAUGAAAACUCUGAUGAAAAGCCAGGAGUCGGAUACCAUGUCCAACCGCAUCGUACAUAUCAGUGUACAGCUGUUCAGCAAUGAGGACUUAGCACGCCACGUGACAGAGGAGUGUCAACUACUAGACAUCAUGGUCACUGUCCUCCUCUACAUGAUGGAGAGUUGCCUUAUCAAAAGUGAACUUCAAGAUGAAGAGAACAGCCGCCACGUUGUGGUCAACUGCAGCGAGGCUCUGCUGAAGAACAACACUUACUGGCCUUUAGUUAGCGACUUUAUUAAUAUUCUCUCACACCAAAGUGUAGCUAAGAAAUUCCUGGAGGACCACUCACUGCUCAUGCUGUGGAUGAGCUUUGUGUCCUUCUUUCAAGGUAUGAACUUGAAUAAGCGGGAGUUGAGUGAGCACGUGGAGUUCGAGUCCCAGACGUACUAUGCAGCAUUUGCGGCCGAGUUGGAGGCCUGCGCACAACCAAUGUGGGGUCUCCUCACACACUGCAAAGUCAAAGAGACACAGGAAUACACCAAGACGGUGGUGCGCUACUGCUUGGAGACUCUUCAGAUCUGGUUUGAUGCCAUUGGCUUUGUGGACGAGCUUGCUCCAAAUCARGUGACGUUUCACCUGCCACUGCACCGUUACUACGCCAUGUUCCUAAGCAAGGCAGUGAAGUGCCAGGGGCUUGACCUGGAGAGUCUCCUCCCAGACCAAGAGAUGCUCAUGAGGAUCAUGGUCCAUCCACUCCAGAUUCAGGCAAGCCUGUCGGAGAUCCACAGUAACAUGUGGGUCAGAAAUGGUCUGCAGAUCAAAGGACAGGCUAUGACCUACGUGCAGUCUCACUUCUGCAACUCUAUGAUCGAUCCAGACAUCUUUCUGCUCCAGGUGUGUGCCUCAAGGCUAGAUCCAGACUACUUCAUCUCUUCAGUGUUCGAGAGAUUCAAAGUGGUGGACCUGUUGACCAUGGCCUCUGUACACCAGAAUACUGUACUUGACGGUGAGCAGGAGAGGCCAAUGCUGGAGGGAGCCUUGACGUUUCUCGUCAUCUUGUCCAGUCUUCGCAUCCACUUGGGCAUGGCAGAUGAUGAGAUUCUCAGAGCCGAGAUGGUCUCCCAACUGUGCAUGAAUGACCGUACCCACAGUUCACUGUUGGACCUCAUUCCUGAGAAUCCCAACCCCAAGAGUGGGAUUGUGCCGGGAAGUUGCAGCUUUGAGGAGAUGCUGUCUGCCGUGGCUGACUUCAAAGCCCCCGUGUUUGAACUAGGGGGUUCCAUGCAGCAGGGCAUGUACACUCCUAAAGCGGAGGUGUGGGAGAAGGAGUUUGACCCCAUCAUGGUUAUUCUCAGAACAGUCUAUCGUCGUGAUGUCCAGUCAGCAAUGGACCGAUACUCAGCAUUCUUGAAACAGUCCGGGAUGCACACGACAGGGAAUCCAUGGCCACCGUACAAAGAGCGGACUCCUCUGCACCCRUGUUACAAAGGCCUGGACAGGCUGUUACACUGCAAGACACUGCACAUUGUCAUCUUCACACUGCUUUACAAGAUCUGGCUGGAUCACUCCAACAUGUCUGAGCACGUUCUGUGCAUGGUGCUCUACCUGAUUGAGCUGGGCUUGGACAACCAGGUUGAAGAGGACAAGGAGGAUGAGGAGCCUUGCAUUGAGGAGCACUGCCAUGACAGCUGGUUCCCAGGCACCAACCUCUUGUCCAACCUGCACCAUGUCAUCAACUACGUGAGGGUGAGGGUGCCUGAGACUGCCCCCGAGGUGAAGAGGGAGAGGGAGCCCCCUGCCAGCACCAGCGSAGAGGCAUCCAACUUCGGCCAGAAUUCCAGGCGUCUGACAGGGAAUUGGAGAGAGAAUGUGCGGGAGGCGCAGGUGUUCAGCUUGGUGGCGGAGCGCCGGAGGAAGUUCCAGGAGAUCAUCAACCGCAGCAGCACAGAGGCUAGCCAGGCGGUGCGGCCCAAGAGCAGCUCCACUCGCUGGGUCCCGCCCGGCACGCCUCCCCAGCUGGUCACCGAGAUCCUGGAGAUCCACGAGAGCAUGCUCUCCCUGCUCAUCAAGCUGCACCAGAAGCUGUCGGCCAAGCAGAACUCUCUGUCGGCCACCUGGCUGGAGGACAUGGACGCCAACCCAAACCGCCACAUCCACGGGGACGGCAUCACCGCCAUCGAGCGCAUCCUCACCAAGGCGGCCACGCGUAGCCACCAGAGCAAGCGCAGCAUCCAGGAGAUCUGUGGGAAGGUCUUUCCUCCUGUCGCUCCCAAGAAGAACAGCCCCGCUGCCAAGAAGACCAUGGAUAAGGAGGAGAGGCGUCAGAGGGCUCGAGAGAGACAGCAGAAACUCCUGGCUGAGUUUGCCUCCAGACAGAAGAGUUUCAUGGAAACAGCCAUGGAUGUUGAAUCCCCGGACACUGAAGCAGCCAUGGACCUGGGUGCCUCUGAAGUAAAGGAGUCUGAGGUCCUCUAUGACUGUGUGAUCUGUGGCCAGAGUGGCCCUUCCACUGAGGACCGGCCCACUGGCCUGGUCGUUCUCCUCCAGGCAUCCUCAGUGCUGGGACACCGAUGCAAGAGCGACGAGGCGAAGAAACUGCCAACCACUGACGACGAGCGCAUCUACCCAGCGGACACGUGCGGGGCUGCUCACGACGUCAGGCUCGCUCUGAUGCAGAGCUUCUUCAAAGAUAGUUCCUGUCUGCAGUCAGUCUCAAUAGGCUGGGAUGGAGGUGUAUAUGUGCAGACCUGUGGACACACCCUGCACAUAGACUGCCACAAGUCCUACAUGGAGUCUCUGCGGAAUGACCAGGUGAUGCAGGGCUUCUCUGUGGAUAAGGGAGAGUUCACCUGCCCGCUGUGCAGACAGUUUGCUAACAGCGUGCUGCCCUGCCGCCCGGGCCGGAGCACCGAGGUGGUCAGCUGGCACAUGCCCAGCAACAASAAGACCUCCGUGCUGGUGAAGGAGGUGGAGGACCUGCAAGAGCAGCUGGGACUUUUCCCAGUAAGCACCACUACGGAGUCCAACCUCAGUAAGGAAAUGGAGUUGGUGAUCAAGGACAUCAAGAACACCACGCAKAGGAAGUACAUGGACUAUGGCAAGAACCCUGGUUCCCCUGACAACGACUUCCUCUUCAUGUACUCUGUGGCCAGGACAAACCUGGAGCUGGAGCUGGUGCACCGUGGAGGUAACCUGUGUUCUGGAGGAGCCAGUGGUGCAGCCAAGCGCUCCUGUCUCAAUCAGCUGUUCCAYGUGCUUGCCAUGCACAUGCGUCUGUACAGCAUUGAUUCUGCUUACAACCCCUGGACCAGGUUGACCCAGGUGGCUCCGAGCAGAGACGACUGCCUGGAUGACGAGAGGCCAGAAGUCCCCAUGCUGUUCAGAGACUGCCCAUCCCUGCUGAUCAUCUUUGUGUUGACCAUGCCACAGCCGCUACGCAAAGAACACUUCAUCUGUUUGGUGAGGAUGCUGUACAACCUGCAGUACACCCAGGCCCUGGCUGCUCUCUCAGCCAAGUUCAGCCCCGAGGAGAGGCAGGCCUGGAGCACGUCUGGAGCUCUCAAGAAGAAUGCUUUCAAUGCCGAGAAGUCCUAUGAAGCUCUUCUCAGCCAUGUCAUCACUGAGCUGUCCAAGGUGAAGACUGUGUAUGACGUGAACACCGAAGAGCCAUCCAUGCUGAGCACCAGUGUGUGGUCCCCACAGUCCAUAGAGUACAGCCUCCAGCAGUUCUGCCUGCCCUACCUCCGCCUCUCCUGUCUCCUGCAGCACCAUCUUUAUGGGGACAACCUGUCAGGCUGCCCGGAGGAAGAAGAGUUCUCAGGCCUGGCUGGCUGUUUAGGGCUCCUUGACCCAGUCCCUCAACCAUCUAACCCCAUGUACAGUGCCUCAUGUCUGGACUGGACGGUCAGUGCUUUCGACCUGAUGUCUCAAUGGUGUUCUGAGGUCACAGGGCUCACCAACACUCAGGCUGAGAAAUCAAUGACYUUGCUUGUCCAGGAUCUGCAGUGGGCAUCCCCCCACCUACUCCACUUACCUGACAACUAYAACACCAUCUUCCAGUACUACCACAAGAAGGCCUGCACUGCCUGCAAAAAAGUGCCAAAGGACCCGGCGCUUUGCCUCAUCUGUGGCACCUUCGUCUGCCUCAAAGGGCUGUGCUGCAAGCAGCAAGGGAUCUGUGAAUGCGUUUGGCACUCUCAACACUGUGGCGCCGCCACAGGCAUCUUCCUAUUGAUCAACGCCUCGGUCAUCAUCAUCAUCCGAGGRCACCGCUUCUGCCUGUGGGGCUCAGUUUACCUGGAUGCCCAUGGAGAGGAGGACCGCGAUCUACGCCGUGGAAAGCCCCUGUUUCUAUGUGUGGAGAGGUAUAGAGUGCUGGCGCAACAGUGGGUCUCGCACACCUUCGAUCACAUCAACAAGCGCUGGGGGCCUCACUACAACGGACUGUAAGGUCACCUGAACCCCACACCCUGAUGGGAAAGAAUAUCUUUGGUUUAUGUGUCUGCCUCUGUAAAACAUAUGGGGAAUCUUAUCAUGUGAUAUAAACAAACAUGCAGUGAGAGUGUUACUGCCACAGCCUUGGUUUAUGUGUAGUUUUGUGAACAAUCAUGCCUAAAGACUAACAGUGUGUGUUUUUUUAUUUAAGUGAUUUACUGUGUGGAUUUUAACUGGGAGAAAGCACAACUUUUCCCAGUAACAGAUUGGUUCUGAAGUGGUUUAGAAGCCAGAAAUAUUUUUUUGGGGGGGGCUCAGUCUGGUGAGUAUUUGUACACUGAUUGGCUAACAGUAUGAGCUCGAGCUACUGGCUAUUUCUUAGAUAUACAAAUAGACAAAUUUGCCCCAUGUAAUGUUAAUGAUAAGCAUAUUGUCACAAUGUAUGGGUUGGUGCAUAUCCCUCAUUUUUCAGACUUUGUACUGCUGGCAUGGGUUUAAAGCUCUUGAUAAGUAUAGCGAUGUUAUUGCAAAUUGUGUUCUCGUUGUGUUUGUUGGGACAUUAUGGUAGGCGACARGUCCACUCAACAGAGUUUAUUGCAGUCGAGCACAGGCUCUUUUUUACAGUGUAGUUGCAAUUCAUCCUCAGGUAUUUUUUUUUUGUUGCUGUAGUUUAGAAUACAACAUUUUUAAUAUUUAAAUAAAUGCUGGUGCUCAUUGUUCAAAUAAGUAAUUUUACUUUUUGUAAAGAUUUUUAUUUUCUAAAGAAAUAAAUGCUUUACGUUUAUGGUUAGAUGACUGGCAACCAUGGUCGUCAUCGCUAUUGGUCUUUGCAGUCCUGCCUUUACUUAGGCUCCGGCCAGGUCCCUGAGGAAACUCAAUGACCACUCACCAGUCUGGCCACAGUAGAGUACACAUAAGACUGGUGUGGAGUAUCUGUCUACUGUAAUUGGCAGGCUCUUUUUCCAAAACUUCCAUUGCGCAGAAUCAUUUCAAGUGCAUUGGGAUUUUGCUAGAGUUGAAAUAUUUGAAUUUGGGGACUCAAUGCAUUAGUUAUUCUACUGAUAUGGCAUUCUGUAAGGGAAUGGUUAUAGUUUCAUCCUUUAAUGCUUAUGAAGACUUUUGCAGUUUUAGAUAGUACAGUUGAAUAAUUUUUUGUUAGUACUUGGGCAAUACUGUUUUGGCCUUUCACAUUUCCUUUGAGUUGCUCUGUGAAGUUAUAGUAAAUGUAUAUGGGCGCAUAAUGCAAAACCCUAUCUUUGAAUAAGUAAAGGAAAUAGUUCAAGAUAGCUUUUGGUCUCUUCAAAUUGUUAUCUUUGAAACUCCAUAAGAUGUCAUUUAGUUGGUUUUGAGAAGUGUAAUAGUGUUAACCUUAACAUAACAAAUGGAUGUCAUUCACCUAAUCCACACUUGUGGUACAAUAUAUUAUUUUUUAUACUGUCAAAUAACCAAUCUGUUUAUUUGCUUUUGGUUGCCAAAAGUUAGAAUUAAAGUAGCUAUAUUUACAGUGCCUUCGGAAAGUAUUCAGACCCCUUGACUUUUCCACAUUUUGUUACAUUACAGGCUUAUUCUGAA